GCAGCUGGCAGAUAUCUCAUCCCAAAAUGCUGUAGUAUCUGGUAGCAUCUUCAAACUACCAGGCAAGAAGACUUAUGACUUACUUAGGAGUUCCUGGACCACUGAGAGACCACUCUUACUACUUCUCACUACAAGUAUGGCUGGACAGUGGACACUGCUGAUUCUGUUCUACCUGAUUAAAGCUGGUCAUGGAGAGAAUCCACUCUGGUUCCAGAACAUCUCCACUAAUUUCUUCAGAUCUUCAGGAGAUAUUCUACUAGGUGGACUCUUCCCCAUCAACCAGCUGACCAGCAACCUCAGCGAAAGAGUGGAACCGGAUGAUAUUCACUGUAAUAGUAUUGAUCCGUACGGCCUUGCGAUGGCACUAGUGAUGAAGUACACUAUUGAUGAGAUCAACGCGACACCCGGACUCCUCCCUGGUGUCACGCUGGGCUUCGAAAGCUAUGACUGCUGCAGGCAACCGGCCGUCAUCAUGAAGCCCACCCUGCGCUUCCUCACCACAGGUUCCACAGAGGAACUGGAGGUCAAGUGCAACUACACGGAGUACAUGACCCAUGUGACGGCAGUCAUUGGCCCAUGCAACUCUGAGAUAGCCGCCGUCAUUGGAAAGCUGCUUGGCUUUUUCUUGAUGCCACAGGUCAGCUACAGAGCCACCAGUGAUGUGUUCAGUGAUAAACUGCAGUACCCCUCCUUCGUGCGCACUGUUCCCAGCGACCGCUGGCAGGCUAUAGCGAUGGUGCAGCUGCUGAAGGAGUUCGGCUGGAACUGGGUGGCAGUGAUCGGCAGUGAGGACGAGUACGGUAAACAGGGGAAGCAGCAGUUGUCCAGCUUGGCCGCUGAUGAGGGAAUCUGUGUAGCUUAUGAAGGGCUGAUACCAGUUUAUAGUGACCCUGUGCCAAUGAUCCAGGAAAUCCUGCAACGCAUCAGGGACACCAAGGUCGGAGUGGUGGUGGUGUUCUCCGUCUCUCAAGCAACAACAGUUUUUUUCAAAGAGGUAAUCCGGGCGAACAUGACAGCAGUGUGGGUGGCUAGCACAGCCUGGGCCCUGAACAGUGGGCUCAUCGCACUGCCUGGCAUUGAGACUAUCGGCACUGUGCUGGCCUUUGCUGAUAUGACCAAAUCUGUGUCUCUGCUCAGCCCGUAUGUCCAUGAGCUUUUUGCCAAGCUGGACAAAGAGAGGCUCCAGCUGGGCUCUUCACAGCCCAGCCCCAGCACUUCCCCUCUGGACAACCCUUGCCCAGACUGCUGGAACCUGUCCUCUGCGAAUGCCAGCAUAGUGGACACAGAGCUGGUGCAGCGCACCGCUUUCAGUGUGUAUGCUGCCAUCUACAGUGUAGCACACGCUCUGCAUGAUACGCUCGACUGCAGUGAAACCAAAUGCUCCAGACACCCCAAACAGGACAGGGUCUAUCCCUGGCAGCUGCUGAAGAAGCUGCAAAAGGUUUCUCUGACGCUGAAUAAUGCAAACAUAGAGUUUGAUGCUGAGGGAAACCCAAGCAUCGGCUAUGAUGUGGUGGUUUGGAUCUUUCAGAACAGCACUGUGUACUUCAGAGACAUCGGAAAUUUCACCAAGAACAUCACAAUCGACAAGCCACUGAUCAAAUGGCACACAGCCAACUCAGCGGUUCCUACAUCGACAUGCUCAUCUGACUGCCAGAUGGGACAAGUGCGCAUAGUGAAAGGAUUUCACUCCUGCUGCUUCGACUGCAUUGACUGCAAAGAGGGAACCUACCAAAACAAAACUGAUGAUAUCCAGUGCACACCAUGUCCUUCUGGCCAGUGGUCCACUCUGCGCAGCAUCAACUGCAGUCUGCCCACCUACACGUACCUGUCCUGGAGCUCUUAUGAAUCAAUAGGACUGACGCUGGCAGGAGUUCUGCUGCUGGUGUGCCAGGCCGGCGUGAGCGUGAUAUUCUUCAAACACAGGGGGACGCCGCUGGUGAGCGCCACCGGAGGGCUGCUCUGUGCUCUGAGCCUGAUGAGCCUGGUGGCAGGCUGUGCCAGUCUGGUGCUGUUUCUGGGUCAGCCGAGUGAUACGGUGUGCCGUCUGCAGCAACCUCUGAACGCCAUAUUCCCCACAGUGACCCUGUCCACCAUCCUCACCAUCUCCCUACAGAUUGUCUAUGUAACAGAGUUCCCAGAACGAGCUCCAGUUGUUCUUCAGAACCUGCGAGGGCCCGGCAGCUGGACGGUGGUUCUCGCGUGCUGUGGGCUUCAGAUGGGUCUCUGUGGCUGGUUUGCGAGGGACGGGCCCUCGUUGACUCGUUACGUGGCCGGCCUGGAAGUGAAGUUCCUGACGCGGUUCCUGGCCUGUCCUGUGGAGCCUGUUCUGAACUUUGGCCUGAUGUUAGGUUUUAAUGGCGUUUUGGCCCUGAUCUCCUUUAUGUGCACCUUCAUGGCCAUGAAGCCAGUUAGACAGUAUAACCUUGCUAGAGACAUUACCAUCUCCAGCCUGGCCUACUGUGUGACCUGGGUCAUAUUUAUUCCUAUUUAUGCAGGUCUGAGUGACAAAGAGAAGUCUAUUGCUCAAGUUAUGGUAACUUUACUCAGUAAUAUGGCGCUGGUGGGAACUUAUUAUGGUCCAAAGUGCUAUCUGUUGGUUAAGCACCCAGAUCUCAACACACCAGACUACUUCCGUACUUAUUUGGAGGGAGCUCCACCAAUACCACCCGAGGAAAACGAGGGUAAAUAAUUAUAAGAUGGUAGUCUAGAUUCAGUGUAUUAAAGUGUAUAAUUCAGUUCAGUUAUAAU